UAAAAUAAAAAAGACAAAAGCAGCAUCCUCCAGAACCCUCAUAUAUAUCGACAGAGUUUGAUACCCCUCUCCCCUCCUUGGACAGACUUCUACUGCUAUAAACGGCUGAAAGUUGGGUAUUCUUGAAAAUGGAUUCGGGUUCGAAUGUAGAAGAGCCCAAGUCAUGGGAUGAAUUAUACACACUUGAUUUAAUGCCAUCUGAGCUGUUUCUUAAGUUCAGGAAGGAGAUUCAGGGAUUUCGUGUUGGUGUUAACAUGGAGUUCUACAAUGCUCCAAGUAAUGAGUUUGAGUCCAAGCUCGUUUUAAAGCCCUUGGCCAAUGAUAGACAGUGGAAAUUUAUGUAUGCACCUUUACACCAUGAUGUGCGUUUGAUGUCUAAGAAGAUUCCAGUAACAAACUUUCUGAAUCUCCAGGUAGGUGUGGGUCACAGUUUCGGUUUAAAUUCAACUGGUUUGAACUGGAAGCUUAGUACAUGUUUGGGUGGAGAUGGCCUAUCCCGGAUCCGGAAUAAAACAUCACUUGGUUUGUGCCCUGGUGUGGAUUUACGUUUUGCAUGGAAAGCAGACUAUGUUCUUCCAGAAUUUGAUGGGGCUCUUGGCACUGGUAAACCGUUGUUCAACAUGAACUCAGGAAGUUUACAUGCAUCACUUGAUAGAGUUGAGCUGAUCUUAACCCAUACAACAGAAUACGUUUUAAAUAAUCAGUACUGUACUUUCAAUACUAUCAUCGUCUAUUUGCAUUUUAACUCAACGCCGUCGGCAACACUUUACGGAAGUACACAAACUGAGGGGAAUCUUGAAGAGCAGUAUUAUAACCGUAGGUUUUUGAAGUAAGGUAUUGCAAGUGUGAUAAAGCCCAGAAUGUAGGUACAUAAAAUGCACUUUUCUCAUUCAUUAAUAUAUCUGUAUUACUUGGAUCUAUAUAUAUAACCAUCAAAUGCUUAAUUUUGUGUGAUGCUCCUUAAAAGAAUAUUGCUUGUCAUAAGGAUAUGUGUUU